ACGCACCUCUCGCUGCGAGUCUCACAGUUCCAACUUGCAGUUCAGUGGCUCAUCAAUCGCACAAUUCAGAUACCAAUUUUUUGUCAUAUUCACGCAAAAAACACACACAAAAUCAUGAAGAGUUUUCUGAUUUUAUGCUUUGUGGCGCUGGCGUUUGCCGAUGUUAAGCACAUCACAGAUCGCAAUGAGGCCCUGUUCAAAUACAAUCCCAGCGAUAUCUAUACCCUGCCCGAAGACAUCGAUGAAGACAAGCCAGCUGUGCUGUUCAGCGGCGACGUAAUGAAGGCCAAGACCGAGAAGUUCCAGAGCUACAAUUCCGGCAAAAAGUUCAAACUCGAAUUGAAGACCCAGAACGGCAUCGAGGUGAGCAGCGUGGGCAAAUUGAAGGACGAUAAGACCUUUGUGGUUAGUGGAUCGUAUUCGUUUACCGGUGCCGAUGGCAAGCGCUACAAGACCCGUUAUACAGCCGAUGAGUUCGGUUAUCAUCCCAUCACCGAGCUGGAUCUGGAUCUUCCCGACCCACAACCCUUGGCGACUGCCAAUCAGAGGCCUGCCGUGGAUCCCAGCAGCCUGUUGGGCAACAAGAAUCGCUUCCAGUUCCUCCAGCAGAACCUCAAUCUUGACCAGGGCGGCCCACUGCGCGGCAGCGGCCAGAGCGGCGAUGAUUACAGCUACAGUGCUCCCAGUGGAAACCGCAACGGACUCUCCUCCAAUGGCAAUGGCUACGAUUAUUCGCCUCCUGCAGAGCCCUCUCGCCUGUAUUUGCCCACGGCAUAAGUGAACCCUUCUGAGCCGCCCCCAAUACCCUGUCCCCAACCCCAAAUUUCAUGUAUUUAGUUUUAAGCACAACUCCCAACA